UCAAGCGGAACAGUCAAGGAGAAGUAGAGUUAUACAACAUCUCAGAAGUGUCCAGAACCUGCCUACAUGGUGGAUAUACUUACCACGGAGUGUACAUCAUGUCAAGAACAUCUGCCUCCAGUGAGACUGCUGGGCGCCUUCCGUUGGUCCUGAGAAAAAACCGAAUAAUAAGUAUGUCAAGUGAGAGCUCGGAUGACGAUAUACCUCCGAUAAUUGUUAGAAGACGUCACCGCCCCAUCGUUAGCAAUAACGAUGAUAAUGAUGGAUUGAACACUAGCACGCGCGAGGGUACAAAGCGCAAACAAGACGUUGCAGAUGAGAGCGCACAUUCUAAUUCAAAGCGCCGUAAAUCAGGAGGAUCUGGCAGCACCGUCAACGUUAAAGAUUUGAUUGAAGCACUUAACAGCAGAAGUAAACCGUCCAUCAGUUCUCAUCAAAUGUUGAAUGCUUUACCGGAGUUCGAUCCUGAUAAUAAGAGUCAAAAUAUCGAGAUCUGGUUGCACAAGGUAAAUGAGUACGCUCGAAUAUAUGAAUGGGACGAUGUCCAAACAUCUCACUAUGCGACGCAAAAGUUGGUUGGUACAGCUAAGAAAUGGCUUUAUUCGCUACCAAGCCUGAAUUUUACGUGGCCAGACUGGCAAGUAAAACUACGUCGUGCCUUUCCAAUCGACGACAACUUUGCACUUAUGUUGGAAGAAAUGUUUGCUCGAAAAACUAAAGCCGAUGAGAGUUUGCGCACAUAUUUCUACGACAAAUUGAUGCUGUUGAAUAGAUGCGAGAUCACCGGGAAAAAGGCAGUAGAUUGUCUUAUUCACGGCAUAUCGGAUGUAUCGAUGAGAAAUAGUGCGCAGGCACUUAAAUGCGUAGAGCCGGAAGACUUAUUACAAUAUUUUGUAAUUCAACAACCCGAAAAAGCCUUCUCAUUCACACAAAAGAAACGGGGCUAUGCUGAAGGAAUGGAAAGAAGAAUGUUUCGCAAGAUACGUUGUUUUAACUGCGGUGUUGAUGGACACACAUCAAAUAGAUGUCCUCAGAAGAAAGAAAUUCCGAAUACGAAGUCAUCGAGCUGCUUUAAUUGUAAAGAAGAGGGACAUCGAUUUAGUAACUGUCCCAAGACACUUAUGAAGUGUAAAGCUUGUGGCAUGAUUGGCCACAAUGAUCAAAACUGUCGGUUUCCCUCUUCUAAAAACGCAACGAAGACUGAAAAGGUGUUAAAUAUUGUUAGUUCUAAUACCAAUGAAAAAUUUGUUAAAGAAAUUGAUGUUAAUAAUAAAUCAGUACAUGCUUACAUUGACUUUGGUAGCGACUGUUCCCUUAUGAAUUCAACCGAAGCUGAAAACUUAAAAUUGGACAAAAUGUUCUCUGAUUUACCGGCAAUAAAAGGAUUUGGCAAUUUCCUUGUAUCACCCAUGCAUAAAUCCAAAGUGACAGUCCAGGUUGAUGAAGUGCGCACUGAGGUCAUAGUUUAUGUAGUACCCGAUAAAUAUUUACAUGUACCGGUACUAAUAGGUCAGAAUUUUACGGAAUUGCCUCAGGUGUUAGUCGUUAAGGAUAGCAAAAAUUUGUUUUUCUUUAACAAUCCUUCAGAAGAAUCUGAGUCAGGAUCGAGUUCUAACAUUGUCAAGUUGGUACCACUAUCUGAAGGAAGCAAACACUUAUCAGCUUUCGUCACCCCGGACGGCCACUACGAAUUUAAUCGUAUGCCGUUCGGGUUAGCUAAUGCACCUGCAGUGUUCCAGAAGAUGAUGGGAGAGUACGAUUAUGAAAUAGAGUACCGUCCAGGUGACCGCAUGAUGCACGUCGAUGCAUUAAGUCGAAACCCUGUGGAAGUCCCCAACGACGAUUGUAACCCCGAAAAUGUUAUUUCUGUUCUCCGCAUUGAACAAAGUGAUUGGCUGGUUACAUUGCAAUUAGGUGAUUCGGAUACAAGUAGAAUAAUCAAAACGUUAAAACCUGAGAUGGACGAAGAAUACGUGGAUAUAAAGAAACAUUACGCAGAUCCAAAAAAGCCAACUAACGUUUCGGUAAUAGAAUCAAACAGGCCGGCUGCAACCCGCCCCGCUCGCCAAGACUUUGAGAUCAAAGCCACAGGAGCCGAAGCCAAAAAUUAUGACUUUGCCGCUGCGAGGCUUGCAUCAGGGUCCAUCAAGACCACUAAUAUUCUCGAAACGGUGGGCAACCUGAUCAAAACAUGCCUUGGAGGCGGCGUGGUCGGUAUACACGCGGCUUACAAAAAGUGUGGCCUGAUCUCUGCGUUCGUUAUCAAUAUCUUGGCUGGGAUGAUGCUCAUACACAGCAAGUAUAUUCUAGUGGAUUCGGCACAAAUAAUGUACGGACGGCUACAUAUGUCAAGCCUCUCGUAUCCUGACCUCGCUGAGGCGGUCUUAAAAACAGGACCAUUCCCUAAACUAACUAAACGUGCCCACAUCUUCAGGUACAUGGUAGACGCAACAAUCUGCAUAAACCUCUUUGGCUCUUGCUGUGUGUACUCAGUGAUAAUGUCUCGAACUAUUAAACAAAUACUAGAAAACGCGAACCUAGUAGAGGAGGCAAGCAUACGGAUCUACAUUGCCUGCAUGAUCGUUCCCUUAGUCCUCAUCGCCAUGAUUUUGACUUUGAAGUACCUGGCGCCGUUUUCUAUUGUAGGGAACAUAUUACUGUUGAUUUUGGCUUUCUCCACGAUAUACUACGGAUCGAAAGCUGCCACCAAGUCCCCUACAGAGUUCCCUCUUAUCAAGAACGCAGAGGGCUUCUUUGAGUUUCUUGGCGUUUGCGUGUUCAGUAUGGAAGGGAUGGGCGUAGUGCUUCCAAUCGAGAAUCAUAUGAGGGAACCGAGCAAAUUCCCUAGAGUGCUGUGUAUGGGCAUGUCGGUGGUGAUUGGUAUCGUGGCAACAAUUGGAUUUUUCGGCUAUUGGGGUUUUGGCGAGGAUUCUACUACUCCUAUCACUAUGAAUUUUCCUUGGGAAGUUUACCCUAUCAUUCUAAGAAGCAUUUCGGCUCUGGUCAUCUACGUUACAUUUGCUCUCAACUUCUGGGCUCCCUUUAACCUGGUGUGGAUCUACAUUAAGGUCAAACACAACCCGGACAAGUACUGGUGUGUGGAGCGGAUUUAUAGAGCUAUCAUAGUGCUCGUGCUUAUUCUGCUCGCCAUCGCGUUCCCGAAUAUCAACGCUUUUAUGGGAUUCUUGGGCUCAUUUUGCAUCUCGCUGAUGGGCUUCCUGUUCCCGUCCUUCAUCGAGCUGGCAGUCAAAUGGAACGACCCAGGCUUGGGCGCCUGCAAAUGGCGGUUGUACAAGUUCGGCGCCGUGUUCGGCUUCGGCGUAUUCUUGUGUAUAUUGGGAACGUAUUCCAAUGUCAAGAGCUUGGUUACUUCGAUUGACUAGU